CAUGUAAUUAUCUGCAGACUAUAAUUCUAUUAAUGUAUUUCAGAUGCACUCUAAAUAGAAGAAUGAUUAAUUUGCAAAAGAAACAAUGGAUGAUCACAAUUUAACUUAAAGUGAACAUCAAGCGAAUCUUUAUGAAAAGGAAGAUCCUCAAAAAGAGGAAAUGACAUUUUCACAUUAAGGAAGCAUGUUUCAUAAUGCCAAUCCUAGUUGUGAUGAAGAUAGUUCAAUCUAAGUUUUUGUAUAAACACCGAAUGGCAGAGUUCUCUCUUUGGGUGUUAACAAUAAUUUUGAUUAUUUAGAAUAGAUAACAGACUAAAUUUAACAAAAAGAAGGCAUACCCCCUUAGAGGUAGAAAUUAUAUUUGGGUCCUAAAAUAUUAGAUAAAAUUAAUAGUAAGACAAUAAAGAAAAAUUCAACUUUGCAUCUGAAAAUAUGUUCUAGCAAUAGUAUUAUUGUAGUAUACAAUAACCAAAGACAUUUUAUUGACAUAAAUCUAAAUGAUUGUGUUAAUGACAUAAAAUUAAAAUUAUUACAACAAUAUGAAUAUCCAUUUCAUUCAUAGCUACUGUUUUUCAAGGGUAAACAAUUAAAAGAAGAUUUUACAUUACAUUAUUAUAAUAUUCAAAAGCAUUCUAUUAUUCUAUUGAAGUUGUAAAACAUUGUUUAUAUCAAUCAAGCAUCAACAGAUAGACUAUUUAUGAGAAACUUAGAAUCACAAAUGUCGAUUAAGGAAUUUAAGAAGAAAUUGCAAUCUAAAUAUCCUGAUUUAGGAGACUUUCACUUAUUGUACAUGGAUUAGAUCUUAAAAGAUGAGAAAGAGCUAUGGUUUUAUAAAAUUGGUGAUUUUUCAAAUUUAGAACUCGUUGAAAAAAAAUACAUAAAGUUUUCAAUUAAUAUCUAAAAUAUUACGUUGGAAAUCAAAAAAGAAUAAUAUGAAACUAUAAGAGAUAUCAAGAAUGAAAUUUAAUCAAAAUUAGAAUAUCCCGUUUUUAAACAACACUUGUUUUAUAAAGGAUAAGUAUUAGAAAAUGAAAUGAGAAUAAUUAAUUACAAAAUUGAAGAAGACAGUAAAUUAUAUUUAUUUAAUAACUUAAAAUAACCAUAUGAAAUUGUAGUAAUUGAUAGAUAAGAUAUUUUGGAAGAUAUUCUCAUCACUAUUACUCCAAAUAAUAAGGUUUAUGAACUUAAAAAUAAGAUCUGUGAAUCUUAAUCUCUAAUAUCACCAUAUUUUAUAAAUUUAUAUUACCGUGGAAGGUUAUUAAAAGAUAAUAAAGAUUUGGCAUACUACAAUAUCGAGAAUUAUGACUUUAUAUUCAUGGACGAAGUACAAGAAUGA